GAUGAGACGAACUAGUUUCACAAGUGAAAAGUCAAUGGAUCAGGAGGAUGAUGAUGACAAAGAGACCAAAUACCGUUUGGAUCCAAAAUAUGCUAAUGUGAAGACACCAGACCGACAUGUCCGGACACGCCUUUACUUUACUUCAGAAUCUCAUAUACAUUCCCUAAUGAAUGUUCUCCGCUACUGCAACUUGGAUGAAUCUCUUCAAGAAGAGGCUAGCCUUGUUUAUGAUAAUGCUCUAGAGCACUUGUUCAGAACAAAGGAGCUUGACUAUAUGAGUUAUAUUGUGUUGAGGAUGUUUGAGAACACAGAGGUGGCUUUAGAAGAUCCAAAAAGGUUCCGCAUAGAGAUGACUUUUAGCCGUGGUGCAGAUUUAUCUCCAUUGGAGAAGGACGACAGUGAGGCUGCUUCAUUGCAUCAGGAGCACACAUUACCAAUAAUGGGUCCGGAGAGGCUGCAAGAAGUAGGGUCAUAUCUGACGUUAGAGAGGAUGGAGAAGAUGGUUCGGCCAUUUGCCAUGCCAGCAGAAGAUUUUCCCCCGUCAUCAAUCCCCCAGGGAUUCUCAGGAUAUUUCUCCAAAAGCGCGGCAGUGUUGUAACGCCUGGUAAAUCUUUGGCCCUUCCACAAGCAUGGAGCUGCUAAUGGGAAAUAAUAAGUAAGCUUGAUCUUUUUCCCUUCCUUUUAUUCAUAUUAUCAUCGGUUGAUUGAUCAAUGAAAUCAGUUUUGAGGCCCUCUUGAGAAAUUUUGGAACAAUUAACAAAUAUUAGCAGGUGAAGUCUCGAUGAUUGUCAUACUGACAUGCAGUUUGCCCACGUUCGAGAUUGUUGCUGCUAAGAUACACCAUGUGUAGGUUUUGACUUUUGAGCCAUGCACCUACGGAGAUGUUGGAAUAGAAAUUGACCAUGAGAAACCAGAUGAAAUUACUUUUUCUUUGUGUGCCUUCUAGGCUUGACGGACUCAGCCCAAGGCACAUGCAUCUAACUG